CUCUUCAACACUGCCCGCCUCAUCACCUGCGGCAUGUAUAUCCAGAUCGCCAUUCAUGAUUACCUGCGUUGCUUGAUGCUCAUGCACGCCAAGGAUACGGCGUUUACCCUAGACCCCCGAGUGUCCUUCCCUGAGCACAACAACAAGACUGGUCUCCAGCGUGGCGAGGGCAACAUGGUGUCUGUCGAGUUCAACCUUCUCUAUCGGUUCCAUAGCCCCAUCUCAAAGCGCGAGGCAUGGUGGACUGAAGACAUGUUUGUGCAAUUACUGCAAGAUCGCAACAUGGUCGUGGAAACAAAGGCGGAAGAGAACAUGAAGACCAAGUUCACAAAGGAGACAAUUGUCGAUGGGGAGAUCCCUUUCCCAAUCUUCCGUCACAUGAUUGAUGGCAUGAAGAAUGCAUCCAAGGUUCGUCGGGACCGCCUUGCCUACUUCCCAGCUGGCCUCGAUCCCGUGGGUGGGUGGAAAGAGAAGGACGACCAAGGCCGGAGAGUCGAUGGGCCCGAAACCUUCCGCUUUAAGCGCGGCAAGGACGGCAAGUUUGACGACGCUCAAUUAGCAGCUGAGCUCAUGAGGGUCAUGGAAGACCCCAUCUCCUCGUUCGGAGCCAACAAUGUCCCUCGCGUGCUAAAGGGAAUCGAGAUUAUGGGUAUGCUGCAAGCUCGUCAGUGGGAAGUUGCCACUUUGAACGAGUUCAGGCAAUUCUUCAACAUGUCGCGCCACACUCACUUCGAAGAUAUCAACAGCGACCCGAAGAUUCAGGAGAAGCUCCGCGACCUCUACAAAGAUCCUGAUCUCGUCGAGCUGUACCCCGGCCUCUUCUGCGAGGGUGAAUCCCAAUGCUUGGAUCCCGGUACUUCAUGCCCUAACAAGCAGUCGACGGCUUUGUGGCGUGCGGUCUUCAGCGACGCUGUAACGCUUGUGCGGUCGGAUCGUUUCUACACUCUAGAUUGGAAUGUAGGGUCUCUGACUGCCUGGGGCAUGAAGGAGGUCACUUCGGACCCCAACGUGAACAAGGGCUCCGUGAUGCACCGCCUUUUCCAAAGGGCGCUGCCGGGCUUUUUCAACUACAACUCGCUGCACAUGUGGCAGCCUUUCUAUACUCCAACCAUGAACGUCCAGCUGGCGCAGGAACAGGGAUAUCUUUCGUUCCUCGACCUGAAUGGGUUGGAAGAUGAAAAUGGAGCGCCUUGGGAUAUCAAGAUGAAGAAUGGCAAGGUCCUGACGGAUUUCAAGCGCCUGUGCCAGGUUGACAAGAAUGGCAAGGGCAGGCAGGUCCGGAAAUGCCUGAAGCUCGACUUGCCCACCCGAUGGCUGGACAAGAACUGGGUCAUGCAGACGACCAAGGCGACCAGGAUCGGUUGCGGCAAGCACGAGUACCCGUGGCGCGGUGGUGAGAAGGCCUACAUGGCCAAUGUGCUGAUCGAGAUCAAUGAUUAUGAGGUCAUUCGGGACAGCCUCUUCGCCGAGGGCGAGAGCAUCAACUUUGCCAACCCAUCCAUUCUGAGCGCAGACGACAUCCCGGGACAAGUCCUUUCUGCCAUCAUGACGAAACAGUGGAACAAGUGGGAGUCGGCUUUCCGGAUUGUCUGGGGUGGCCUUGGCCCGGACUGGGAGGAGACAUUCAUGAACUACUUUGUCGAAGUGAGCCAGGAGAUCCGGCUGCGUGAGCAGCGCACUUUCCAGAAGUGCCCCAACGGUGAUCAAGUGUUCCAGAUCGACAUUGUCUCCGACUAUGCCAUCCCUGUGGUUACACGUUUCAUUGCCGACUUCCUCGGCUUCUGGACGGAGGUCAAGACGCCGCAGUUCCUUGACAGGCCGUACUCUGAGAAUCAGAUAUACCGCCUUCUGGAGAACUGCCAGAACUACGACUCGUACGAUGCUGACCCCACCAAGACCUGGGCUCGUCGCAUGGCCUACCGUGAGUCCAUCAAGACCCUCAAGGGCCUCACCGAGCUGGGUAUCAGGAAAUACGAACCUUAUUUGUUCGAGCACGGGUUCCUCGGCAUUGGAUCUCGCUCUUACGGCUUUGAUGGCGACUCGAAACAGGUUCGGACCAUUCGCAAGAUCGCCGUUGGGAUCGUGCGUGGCCUGACGACCGCCAACUUCACUCAUGAGGAGAUCGUGGCGGUCAUGCUGUCGACCGCCCUUGAUGCUGCUCAGAAGACAGUCGUCACCUUCACUGAGGCAAUGGCCUAUUUCAUCGAUCCCAGGCAAGAUCUGGGGGGUGAGGAACAUGUCAUUGAUGCACACGACGAGCGUACAAAGCUCUGGGGUCAGCUCCAGGCUCUUGCCUGGCAAGACGCCAAGAAGUUGCCAAAUGGCAGCCUGCAGUUCAAGAACGACCCAGAAAUCGAUGAGAAGAUUCUGGGUUACGUUCUCGAAGCCCAACGAUUCAACCCUUACAUGAGGGUCCCACGUGUCUGCAACCCAGUCGGCAAUGGCAACGACCUUGUCUUGGCCAAUGGACUGACGGUCAAACGGGGAAAGACGCUCCUUGUCAACAUGUAUGCCGCCUAUAAGAAUCUGCCUCAAGACUACGAAGACUUCCCCCACUCCCACAAGUUCGAUCCGACUCGGGAGACCGCAUCAUACCUGAUCUACGGUGGUGACGGCAAGAUCUUCACUCGGCGUCUUGCCCUCAUCGCCAUUACCGGCAUGGUCAAGCACACGGCCCAUCUCAAGGAGCUCCGCGUUGCCCACGACAAGAUUGGACGGCUCAAGCGCGUACAGACUCCCAGAGGCAAUUGGUACUACGCCACAGUGCAGUGGGACAACCUUGUUUCGUCGCCAAUUACGUGGAAUCUCCGAUUCAAUGGUGUUGGCAAGGGCGUCUGGGAGCAGGGCGACAACGCCGACCAGGGCCACGGGCAGAACCAAGUUGUCAUUGUCCCGAAGGCGCCAGCCAAAGCGGGCCAGGACUUCGGGACGAAUGGCUAUGCGUCUGCAAACGGCAGGCGUGAGGCGAAGCCCGGUGACUACGUAAAGACCUCGGCUAGAGAGCUGUCUCAAGUGUCUCUGUGAGGGGGUUGGCGGUAGGAGUUUACUCUUCAGUGUCUGAGUAGGUGAUUGUAUCUAGGGAUUUCUCUAGCUUGUGUACUGUUUCAGUCUAUCACAUUAUUUAACAUAUCAC